CAGAGUUCAGUCAAAGUCGGAGAGCUGCUUCUGUAACAAGUUCUGCGGAAUUCGCUUCCCCCUUAACUUUUUGCACAAAAAGAAUGGCUCCACGCCACCUUUUUGCCCUGGCGGUUAUGCUGCCGGCGCUAGCCCUGGCCGUCAAUCACUUCCGGAGUCCGCAGCCGGGCUGCUUCGGCGAUUCCCGGGAUCAGUACUUUGCCGAGGCGACCACCUUCCAGGAAAACCCCGAGAACGACGAGUACGGAUUUCCGCCGGACAAGUGUCGAUUGGCCACCGCAAUGGAGAAGGAGAUCCAAUAUUUACGCAAUCUGAUGGACAAAUGUGACCGGUGCGAGUCCGGAACGAGCAGCCCAAUCACCGACGGCCGGAAGUGUGCAGACAACCCGUGUGCCAGCGGUGCAUCCUGCACGGACACCCCCACCGGUGCGACCGUGUGCGGACCCUGCCAGGUGGGUUACGACGGCAACGGGCUCAGCUGCACCCCCCGAAGUGGCUGCUUUUAAUUGGAAAAUUACCACUAUUUAUGCGGAAAAAUGGGUGGCCCCAGCGCCGUUAAGUGAGCUUUUCAUCAACUUUGAAGAGCACCGAUAAAAAUAUUUGUAUUGAGUUCGUUUAAAAGGUUGAUAAGAAAAAUCUUAUAAAAUUACAUGGAUGAUAUGUGAAAUAAAAUUUAGAUAAACCGUA